CGCCUCCCGGGCUGCGUCUCCGGGUGACCGCACCGCCCGCGCCGGACAGCCCGGGCCGGGACGCUCGCCGACUCCCCGCGCCCCGCAGACGGGCAGGAGGCUGUGGCCGCCCAGCCCGCAGCAUGGACUCGGAUUCCGGCGAGCAGAGUGAGGGCGAGCCCACCGCCGCCGCAGUCACGAAUUGGCAGAGGAGUGAGGACGUCUCCAAGGACCACUUACUCUCAACCCCUUUCAAGAGACUUUUCCAAAGAUCUCCUCAGCGCCAGCAGAUCUCUCCUCUAGCGCCACUAUGUAUAGGAGGGCCAAGGGGGGGUCCCGAUGUUUUUAGUUCAAAGAGUUUUGCCCUUCAAGCCCAGAAGAAGAUUCUGAGCAAAAUAGCCAGCAAGACCGUGGCCAACAUGCUGAUCGAUGACACCAGCAGUGAGAUCUUUGAUGAGCUCUACAAAGUCACCAAGGAGCACACCCACAACAAGAAGGAAGCCCACAAGAUCAUGAAAGACUUGAUCAAGGUGGCCAUCAAAAUCGGGAUCCUCUACCGGAACAACCAGUUCAACCAGGAGGAGGUGGCUAUCGUCGAGAAGUUCAGGAAGAAGCUGAACCAGACGGCCAUGACCAUCGUCAGCUUCUAUGAGGUGGACUACACCUUCGACAGGAACGUGCUCUCCAAGCUCCUGCAUGAGUGCAAGGACCUGGUGCACGAACUGGUGCAGCGACACCUGACCCCCAGGACCCACGGGCGCAUCAACCACGUCUUCAACCACUUUGCUGAUGUGGAGUUCCUCUCCACCCUUUAUAGUCCAGAUGGAAACUGUAGACCCAGCCUCAAGAGAAUGUGUGAAGGAAUCAAUAAAUUGCUAGACGAGAAAGUCCUCUGAAUAUCUUCCCUCCUCCUGGACUUUGCUGCAUUCUGGGUACAGCCCCCAGUGUGGUCUGGGUGAGAGUCAAGAAAAUGGGAAGAAACCCUCAUCGAAGACGCCCAUGUUCUGUCCUUUUCAUCCCUCUGAUGUGGAUGCCGAAUUGAGCUCAGGUGUGUUUGUCCCCUGAGCUUGCUGACGAGGUCUGUACUCUAAAUCACCUUUGUUUGCGAGCCCAAAGGACAUGUCUUCUAUGCCAGUGGUCGGCAAACUCAUUAGUCAACAGAGCCAAAUAUCAGCAGUACAACGAUUGAAAUUUCUCUUGAGAGCCGAAAACCAACUUCGGCGCAUGGGCCACAAAGUUUCAAUCGCACUGUACGUGCGCGCCCGCACGUGGUAUUCUGUGGAAGAGCCACCCUCAAGGGGCCAAAGGGCCGCAUGCAGCUGGAGCUGCAGUUUGCCGACCACUGUUCUAUGCUAAGCAGAAAGGCUGCCCUGCUCAUCAAGGAGAGCUCAGUUCACCUGUGGAGUGGAAGGAGCCCUGGCCCGGAAGGCAGAGGACAUGGUUUGGUUCCCAGCUCUACCAGUACAACUCCAUCCUCUGGAUCCUGCCUGCCUGGACUGCUGUGAGGAUCAAAUGAAACAAUGUAUGUUCACAACUUUGAAGACGCUAAUGUAGGGUCUUCUUUUCUCUUCAGAGUGUGAGAGGGAGCCACUUGGAUCUAGACUAUGAAGCAGCAAAGAACAGAACAAUAGUCUCUGGUGGGCUGGGUUUGCAAUCCGUCUCUAGAUGUGCUAUUUCAAACAAAUUGAAAAUGAAUCUAAAGGUGUGAAAAAGUAUAAUUGCAAAUUGGGAAAAGAACUCUGUUUUCUGGAUCUUAGAUGUGCGGGUCUGUGAUCCUCCAGUGGGCAGGUAGAGUCCCACCCGUCACAGUCACACAGAAGUGGAGAACUGUGCUCCCUGCAGGACCCCCUUUCCUCCUCAAAGGGGCACAGUCCGUGAGGCCCAGGAGGGUUUAUUCGGCUGCACAGGAGAGUCAGGCAAAGUGAACCCCCACCCAUCUUUCUUGGCCUCUCAUAGUCCUUGUGUGCUGUUUUCUCUAGUUUGUUAAUAAAUUGAAACUACCCUUCCAACAAGAGGUUUUGGAAUUGUGAUUCAAAAAUAAAAUCCCUGCGCUGGC